UGUUCCUUUUUUUUCUGCAGAACCGUUUGUGAUUCAUCAUGUUUUUGGUUUCCGAAAUGUUAGACGACUUGAAGCGCAUGAAUCGGCGCCAACUUGCGUUUCAGGUUCUGAACUUCGCAAUGAUAAUAUCUUCGGCUUUAAUGAUUUGGAAGGGUCUCAUGGUAUUCACAGGAAGCGAAAGCCCAAUCGUGGUUGUGCUGAGUGGAAGUAUGGAACCAGCAUUUCACCGAGGUGAUCUUCUGUUUCUCACAAACAAAGAGCAAGAUCCUAUACGAGUCGGCGAGAUUGUGGUAUUCAAAGUCGAAGGACGGGAUAUUCCCAUCGUGCACCGAGUCAUCAAAUUACAUGAGCAGGGAAAUGGAACCGUGAAAUUCUUGACAAAAGGAGACAAUAACAAUGUUGAUGAUCGAGGUUUAUACGCUCCCGGUCAACUAUGGCUUACGCCGAGAGAUGUUGUUGGUCGCGCGCGAGGGUUUGUCCCUCACGUCGGUAUCGUUACAAUAUUAAUGAACGACUAUCCGAAAUUAAAGUAUGCGGUGCUGGCGUGUUUAGGGCUUUUCGUGCUAGUCCAUCGAGACUGAGUCUGAAACCAAGGAAACGACAGACAGCAUAUCCGCCGUUUUCGGAAGAGACUCACUGUUCGAAUUGUUUCCAAAAUUUAUGCUGUGUUUCGCUCCGUUGAAUUCGCGUCUCUAUUUCUUGCUAGUGGAAAAAUUUAUUGAAUAAUUUGUUUCGAACCGAUGACGUGAUUUGUAAGCGGUUGCGUUGUGAUUCCACUUCAGCUUUUAUUUUUUCUCAGCUGAGUGUUCGGUUUCCUCGGACGCAUAAAGGAAUAUUUAAACCUAGGUUUAAUUGUCUACGUCAACGCUCAACCGGGGCGCUGAGAAAAUGUCUUCAACUCGCCGACUAGCCGUGAUGGUAUUCUGGAAAAUUACUUCAUAUUAUGGAAGCCCGGAGA